CUCAGCCCCCACGACCCCAACGCGACCCUGCUGAAUAGUGUGACGGCCUGGCCAGGUCCCUCCAGUCUUUCGCGAGGAAUGACUGCCCGCUUUUGGUGUUUUAAUCGAUGAGACAAGGAGGUUGACGACCAUCCUCCUUCAUGAUGGACAAACGAGUAUUCGUAUUCACCACGCCCCGUCGCCCCUUAUGCUGAUGCUGACGGCGGCGGCACGAUUGGCCGCCAACGAGGCGCGGGGACAUCGCCAAGACGGGCCAAGCCGAAAUGAUCACAUCGACUCGAGUGCCCUACCACACAUAGCCUAAGCUGUGUUGCACCAGCUCCGUGGGUAAUUUGCGCAGCAACCCUGCACCUCGGCGUGAAUACCCCUGGCCCGCCACCCACUCUCAUCAUGUCUCCGCCGGCCCAUCCCGCCGCCACUGCGAACUUGCCGGCGCUUGUUCUGUUUUCUAUUUUCUUCCUCCCGAUACCCUCAUCCUGAUGCGCGAGCCUUUGGCUUCUCAACUCCUUGAGGAACGCGAUCGCAUUGCCCGCCUCGCUCCCUCCGAAACCGCGAAAAUUGACCAAGUCGCCAACCUCACGCCAGCGGCCCCAUGCCGCUGCUGCUGCUGCUGGCCCUUCCCCUACUAGGCCUCGGCCGGGUAGUUGACGCACAGUCCUGCGCCUAUACCGGCGGUUGGGCCCUACGCAACGAAGGUGACUGCCCUCCGGCGGCGCCAGUACGAUGCGGCAGGGGUCUCCAGCCCCGCUGCUGUCCGGCCGGCCAGGUCUGCACCGGCGAGGGAGCCUAUGUGGGGAACUAUUGCUGUGCUCCGGGGGAGGACUGCACCCGGAAGGCAACGGAGGCGCCAAAGUGCCCUGACCCGACAUUUACUCUUUGGGGAGUCGAUAAUUCGACGAACAACGGGGGCUGGUGCUGUCUGUCAUCGGCGGAUGGCAUAUAUGAGCGUAUGAGCGACAACACCAUCGCCGUCGGCUGCAAUGCUCCCUCCCAGUCGCUUGGGCAAACCCAAUUCAAAGCCUCGCCUCUAAACGCCGUCGCGUCAUGUGCGCCGAAGCCCAGCCAGCCACUCACGACGCAGUCUUCGUCUGUGCCGGCACAAUCGUCGCCUGCUGGAGCUACUGAGUCGCCGCAGCCAACUCCCGCGGCAGAGCCUCAAGCCCUGGGCUCCGGCGCUAUAGCCGGCAUCGCAGUUGGUGCGACCGUCGGGGGUGCUCUCUUGGCACUAUUGGUUGUAGGAAUCGUGGUGUUUAGGCGCAAGAGAAGCAGGCAGGAACAGACAGGAACAGGGGAGGCAGUAGAGGCAGCAUCAGGGACACCCAAGCACCAUCCAGGAGGCGCAUUCAACGACCAGAAGGGGCCGUACAGCCCGUACAGUCCGUACGCGUACACGGCGCAGUCAGCAGUGACCGGCUACCAGGAAAUGCCUCACGUGAAUCAGCCACAGGAGCUCGGGUUUGGCCUCGCGACCGAGAUGGAGGAUCCGAGUACUCUGAGGCAGGCUGAGCUAGGUGAUGGAAGGCCUCAGUCAGGUCGCUGAGUCUACGACAGCGCAGAUCUGCGAACAUUCCUAUGAGAUAGCGAGUUCCUGUACCAUCAAUACCACCAUAUUGUCCACCACACGAUUGUAGCCGCACCGAUCGCUACGCUUGACGCUCAAUUACAUCGAAACGCC